AUGCAGAUCAUCUGCGGAAUAACUGUCAGGAAUGGCAUCCACAUGCACCGAGAGACUCUCUGCCAGGGUAACCUGAGGACAGGUGUCGUCAGGAGGGGGUGGUCGCCGCAUCAAACAGGUUUGACAGCUCUGGUGCAGAGGGAAGUGUCCAGGAGCAGGACUUCGGAGGACAGACACGACUCUGAAUUGAGUGAGGAUCCGGAGCCGGCCCCAGCUCCUGCCCCAGCUCUGGCGCAGUCAUCAUGGCGCAGCCGCAAACGCAAGAGUGAUGCACUGUCCGAAGUGGAGAUUACCAGGAAGAGGCAAUUCAAAACUCACUGGAUCACCUCAAAAAUUGACACCACUGAGCAAGCUCUUCACAAAGCGAACAGGAAACUUCAAACCCUGGCAAAAAAGGUGAUGCCGAGGAGGAAAUCUCCGGCGAAGGUAAAACCAUCCAAAUUAGCUCCGGUCCAGAGGGAAGUGUGGGACUUUGGAGGACCGACACGAAUCUUGAGUCAGAAUUGUGUGAGGAUCCGGAGCCGGCCCCAGCUCCUGCCCCAGCUCUGGAGCAGUCAUCAUGGCGCAGCUGCAAACACAGCAGUGAUAUGCUGUCCGAAGUGGAGAUUCAAAACUCUCUGGAUCACCUUAAAAAUUGACACCACUGAGCAAGAAGGACGGAACGAGGAGCAGGACGCAGUUCCCGACAGCAAUGUAGGGACAGACUCAGCGCAGUCUCCCUCUGCUCAGUCUCCUUCUGGGGAGCCUCCCUCUGCUCAUCCCCUCCCAUCCACAUCAACUGGAAGCCUGAGGAAAUACCUUGUAGGAACCAGAUGCCAGUAUGGGAGCCUGGAUAUGAAUCUGCAGACUGGAGAUAAACCCGGCAUGACUUCAAUACAACGGCGUGAGGACAACUUUGCAGUGGUUAUUAAAUGGGUGCCCAUUAAGAGCGUCAGAUUUGUAUUAGAGACAAUCAAUGGCCGCAUGAUGAGAAUCCCGCAGGAGGCCGUCAUGCUCAGUCAAAUGAAUGAAAUCCCCCUCAACAUGAUCCCCAGCUUCACUCCCGCGCUCCUGGACUGGACUGAUGAGAUCAAAGAGAUUUACGCCAAAGUCCUUUUUCGGCGGUCGCUGAUGUCGGCAUGUUUGCUGGAAGAGAAUCGCAUCUUCCAACGCGACAUAAAGCCAGAGAACUUCCUGUUCCUUCAAGAGGGAAAUAGGACCUUCCGCGACUUUGCAGGCACCAUGGAGUUCCAGUGUCCGGAACACUUCCGCUGCCAGCUGCAGACUCCUACAGCGGUCACAGUGUGGCAGAUGGGGUGUGUCCUGUUCCUCAUGCUGUGGAAAAGGACGCCCCUGGAACCUGAGCAGAUCGUGAAAAGGCGCUGUGUCCCAAUUCCAGAGGACAGCAUCCAGGGGCCCAAGAAAGUCCAGUUUGGGGACUUCAGCCAGGGGACAGAGGAAGUCCAGUUUGGGGACCAUAGCCAGGGCCCAGAGGAAGUCCAGUUUGGGGACCUCAGCCAGGGGACAGAGGAAGUCCAGUUUGAGGACCAUAGCCAGGGCCCAGAGGAAGUCCAGUUUGAGGACCUCAGCUAA